GACUUUCACAUUAAAUACAUGGAGAACAGGAACAAUGUGACUCAAUUUGUUCUCCUGGGCCUCACAGAAAACCCAAAGAUGCAGAAACCCAUCUUUGUUCUCUUUUUGCUCAUCUACGUGAUCUCUGUGACUGGGAACGUGCUCAUUGUGUUCACCAUCACCGGAAGUCCACUGCUGGGGUCCCCGAUGUACUUUUUCCUGGCUUAUCUCUCCUUUAUCGAUGCUUGCUAUUCUUCUGUCAGUACCCCUAAACUGAUCGCCGAUUCCCUCCAUGAAACAAAGACCAUCUUCUUCAGUGGCUGCAUGAUUCAAGUCUUUGGGGAACAUUUUUUUGGAGGAGCAGAGGUCAUCCUGCUCACAGUGAUGGCCUAUGACCGCUACGUGGCCAUCUGUAAGCCCCUGCACUACACAACCAUCAUGAACCAGCGCAUGUGUAAUCUUCUGAUGGGUGUGUCCUGGGUGGGGGGCUUUCUUCAUGGAACCAUACAGCUCCUGUUCAUCGUCUGGUUGCCCUUCUGUGGUCCAAAUGUCAUAGAUCACUUCAUGUGUGAUCUGAACCCUUUGCUUGCUCUGGUCUGCAUGGAUACUCACACGCUGGGACUCUUCGUGGCUGCCAACAGUGGCUUCAUCUGUCUGUUAAAUUUUCUCCUUCUGCUGGCCUCCUACGUGGUCAUACUGAGCUCGGUGAGGAAGCACAGCGUGGAGGGGAGGCGCAAAGCCCUCUCCACCUGCGUCUCCCACAUCACCGUGGUAGUCUUGUACUUUGUGCCAUGUGUGUUUGUGUACCUAAGACCUGCAACUACGUUAGCCAUCGAUAAGGCUGUUGCUGUCUUCUACACCAUGGUAACUCCCAUGCUAAAUCCCUUGAUCUACACCUUGAGAAAUGACCAGAUGAAAAAUGCCAUUAAGAAAAUGUUUCAUAGGAAAGUUCUCCCAGUUCAACAGUAA